UUAUCGCUUUUUCGUGGAAUUUGGGAAAUUUCUGCUCCUCUGCUCUCGAAGGUUACCCAAUUCUCUUUUUCUUUUUCCUGUAGUUUUAACUUCUGAGGUACGAUUAAGUAAUCUUCUCUAUUUUUAUUUUGAUUUUGUUUUCGACCUGUCCAGAUUUUUCACUAACUAGAGUCUUUUGUUCUCACCGAUUUUUUUAGAUAUUGUUGUGCUUCUUAGGGUUUCAUUCAAAUCAGUUUUUUUUUUCUGUAAAGUUUUGAAUAUUUUUCACAUUCUUUACUAACAAUUCAAUUAUUUAUUGUCGAGGAUCACAAUAAUUGGGUGGUAAAUAUAUUUGUUAGGGUUGUAGAUUUAUUUAUUUGACGGAAAAUUGUUGGUCUAGUCGGGAGCUUUAGUUGUUAUAUGGCGUUUGAAUGCCUCAGAGAAACUGGGAAUUUGUCAUCCAAUUUAGUAGAUUGUGUUCAAGAUCCGUGGGAUGAAGAAGUUGCACCUGUCCAAUUCCCAACUUACAACGAAUUGAAAAAAGGUGAUUCAAACUCUAAUUCUGGGAAAGAAGAAGCUCAAAUUGUUCCAGUAUCAAAUUCUGAUUCUGGUUCACAGAAUCAAGCACUCGUACGAUCUGCUGAUAAUUCAAUUUCUGAUCACUGUCCAACCAUCAUCGAUCUUCCUGCAGCUUUGGUAUCAGAAAUUCUCCUUUGGCUCGACGCCAAGGAGCUUGGUAUUAUUUCUUGUGUCUCCACACUUCUCCAGAAGCUUGCAGCUGAUCAUCAAGGGUGGAAGAACUUUUACGCUGAGAGAUGGGGUUUACCCCUGGGACCAAUUUCUUUGGAUUCAGCACCUGUACAGAAGGAAAAAUCAUGGAAAGAUUUGUUCGUAGAUAGAGAAUUUAGAAGUAAUGCAUUUAUGGGUCGGUUCAGUACUGAUGUCUUGUAUGGUCACACUGAAGCAGUUCGAUCGGUUUUCCUUCUUUCCUCCGCAAACAUUAUACUUACUGCAGGAUAUGACUGCAUUAUUCGGAUUUGGGGCAUCGAAGAUGGUUUACUGAUUUCAUCAUCUCGGCCACUUGGGUGCACUAUCCGCGCAGUUACUGCAGAUGCUGAUCUUUUGGUGGCUGGAGGAACUGAUGGUUUUCUUCAAUGUUGGAAGGCAGUGGAAGGUCUGCGUCAUCUGUUUGAUAUCACUGGUUCCCAAAAUCAGAGUUCUGAGUUUCGUUUGUGGGAACAUGUAGGACCUGUAACCUGUGUUGCACUGGAUGAAGCUAGGAUUUAUAGUGGUUCAUGGGACAUGACUGUUCGAGUCUGGGAUCGGUCUCUCAUGAAAUGUCUGAAGGUUUUACGUCAUAGUGAUUGGGUUUGGAGCCUUGUCCCUCGUGGUGGAACUGUUGCAAGCACGGCUGGUGCAGUUGUCUAUGUCUGGGAUAUUGACACAGGAGAUCUGGAUGCAGCUAUUCAAAAUCCUCAUGUAGGUGAUACAUGCUCUUUGGCUAGAAAUCAGACAGGGGAUGUGUUUUUCACAGGAGGAGAAGACGGGGGAAUUAAGAUGUUUGAAAUGAAGAACGAUGGCGAGGAAAAGAGAUUUGACCAAAUUGCAUCUUGGGGCCAACACAGCAGUAAAGUCCAUUCCCUCGCAUUUGAGUUCCCUUGGCUUGUUUCAGCUUCUAGCGACGGGAAAGUCUCACUUAGAGAUGUUAGGAAACUUUUUAGGUCAAGCAAGGCAAGAAAAUUCAGCAAGGCGAAACCUAAAGCCGCAGCUUCACAAGGAAUGGAGGUCCCGCGAAUGCUACAUGGGUUCAAACGCAAUAUAUUCUCGGUUGAUAUAGGUGCUGAUCGAAUUGUAUGUGGCGGGGACGAGGGUAUUGUUAGGGUUUGGAACUUCUCACAGGCUCUGGAGAUUGAUCGGAGGGUUCAGGCAUUGAGAAGCGUACGGUUAGAGAAUAGAAUGAGACGUAAAAAGGCUCAAAUAGAGAUGAACAACAAGGGUGCUCGAAAUGCUCAUUGUUCCGCUAAGAAGAGCCAGAUUAAUGGCAAUGGGGGCGGAGUCCUUUAUAGUAGGGGGGGAGCGAGCGCAAAAUUGAAGGCAUGAGUGUUGGUGUGGGAUCCCAUGAUUUUACUGAUGACAUUUGUGAUGGAUAUUAAUAUUUUACAAUGAUAAUGGAGCAAGAUUACUGCAUUUUCUUUGGUUUUAUUUAGUUACAGAGAGUUGUUCUGUUCUUUAGUAUCAUCUUAUUAGCAACAAUAUUUUAAAUUUGAUUACAACGUGUUUUUUUUCCUUUCAA